CGUCGUGGGACUUUUUGCCCUCCAGUUCCCGGGUCCCUCAGGUGGCCACCCCAGUGGGCACACGCCCAGGCGCCGCUCCUGCCCCGCGCUCCCUCCCUCUGCCUUUCACUUCCCAGCUGCCAAGAUCUUGGAAGCUUUGAAGCUCAGCAAAGAAGGAAAAUCCAUUGAGAACAGUCUGUAAAGUGUUGAGAAAUAUCCAGAUAUUAUUACCGACACUCUGCCUGUCUCCUGCUUGAACCUGAGAUUCUUCCAUUGGGCUUCAACCGUGAGGAAAUGUCGUUCAGAUUUGGCCAACACCUCAUCAAGCCCUCUGUGGUUUUUCUCAAAACAGAACUGUCCUUUGCUCUUGUGAACAGGAAACCUGUGGUACCAGGACAUGUCCUGGUGUGUCCCCUUCGGCCGGUGGAGCGUUUCCGAGACCUGCGUCCGGAUGAAGUGGCAGAUUUGUUUCAGGCGACCCAGAGAGUUGGGAUGGUGGUGGAGAAGCAUUUCCAGGGAACUUCUCUCACAUUUUCCAUGCAGGAUGGCCCUGAAGCCGGACAGACUGUGAAGCAUGUUCACGUCCACGUUCUUCCAAGGAAGGCUGGAGACUUUCACAAGAAUGACAGCAUCUAUGAUGAGCUCCAGAAGCAUGACAAGGAAGAGGAAGACUCCCCGACCUUGUGGAGAUCCGAGGAGGAAAUGGCAGCAGAAGCCUCAGCCCUGCGGGCCUACUUUCAGUGACUUUACAGGCAUGAAAGUAACUUGAACAAAUCCCAAGGCAUAAGGAAAUGGGCCUCGUUCUCUAGGACUCUGCGGCACUGGAAAUGAAGCUAAGCAGACUUUAUUACAUCCUACAAUUCUGCAACCUUUUGCGAAGCAUUUUAUUACACUUGUGGAAGCCAUCGGGGUUAUGUUUCAAUCAUGAUGACUGACAGGCUAACUUCAAAAUAACAGCAUCGACACUCCCUUCCACACUUCCUGGGCUAUGUACUUAGAAUAGAACCUUUUCUAAAUUGUCCCUUGGCCUGGAUGGAAAUAAAAUGGUACUUAAAAUA